UUCAACGAGCCCAAUAGCUUUCUUCUUUGCUUGAACUUUGAAGAUUCAAACAAAGAAGCAUCAAACUCUAACACACUCUCAUCCACGUAGCCAUGGAGAAGGAGAAGAAAUCUAGCAAUUCAACUAACACAGAACCUUCCUCCUUCAAGCUUCUUGCUUCAUUUCCUUCUGGUCUCUCUCCAUCACAGAUCUCUGUUGAAUUCGGUGACGCCUACGAUCGAAUCCCUCACUCUGACCUAACCUUGGAAAACUCCAUCUCCGAGAUUUGGGAGCAGAGGAGUGUACAAAACAAAUCUCUCUUCAAUGGAAAUAAAUUCAGAUAUGGAGGGCAUGUUUUGCACACUGGAGGUGAAUCUGAGAAUGAGCCAUAUGUAUGCCUUCAUCUAGGUUUGACGGAUUAUAGGACUUUUGUGGGGACAAAUUUAAGUCCGUUGUGGGAGAAGUUUCUUGUUUCAUCUGAAGAUGAUUUUGUUCUUUGUCAGCAUACCUCCAGUCCAUUAGGGAACGGUGCAGUGGUGGAGACAAUUGACAAUAAAAUACUUGUAUUACAGCGAAGUAACAAUGUUGGUGAAUUUCCUGGAUAUUUCGUUUUCCCUGGAGGCCACCCUGAGCCUCAAGGAAUUGGUAUAACGUCCCAUCAAUAUGUGAAGGAGUUAACAAAAUUGAUCAACACUAAUGUUUCACAGGAGAUGUUUGACAGCAUAGUACGUGAAGUAGUUGAAGAAAUUGGAGUGCCAGCUUCAUCCCUUAGCAUCCCAGCUUUCAUUGGAAUAUCUCGCAGGGAUUUGAAUGUGAGACCGGCUGCAUUUUUCUUUAUCAAAUGCAAUCUUGACUCAAAGGAAGUUCAGCAGUUUUACUCCAGUGCACUAGAUGGCUACGAAUCAACCCAGCUCUAUACUGUCCCAAUGAUUGAAUUAGAAAAUAUGGCCUCUAGGAUGCCUGGCUGUCAUCGAGGUGGAUUCGCUCUCUAUAAACUGAUGGUCGACACCAGGAAGAUUACUUGAUGGAAGCCUUACAAGGCAUGAAAACGUGGAGUUUAAGAUAACAACUGCAUAACUAAAACUGAAAAACUUUUUAUAACUGUCAUGAUGUGGCAGUAGGUUGUAGUAUCUAAGCUCCUAUAUUCUGUGAUGGUGGAGUUGGUUACAGGGGACUGAUCUAAGGUCUCUUUCCCGACCAAGCCAACCAUAUCUCGAAUCACAUUAUGUGAUUCUUGUUUUUCAGUUUUUUAGUUUAUUAAACCAGAUAUCAACUAUCAACUAGCAGAGACCAGUAUAUGUAUUUCCAGUAAUUUUACUGGAAUUUUGGCGUAGACGGGGUUUGAGCCAAGGCCAUGAUUACAUUGA